AGUCGCUGAUCUAUGUUGCGUGUCCAUGAUGGUGACUCGCAAAACGUCUUGAAUGUUCAUCCUAACCUGAAACUGUGAAUCUGAAUGAUCAAAGAAAGAAUUGUGUUUUUACUUUGUGUAUCUGUUAAGAGAAAAGCUGAGUAAAAUGCCGGAAACGAAAACAGAAACAAAACCCAUUAAAGAUAUGAAGAAUGGAAAAGAAGACGAUAAAAAUGAUUUGUCAGAAGAAGAUAAACUUCUACAGGAAGAAUUAACUAUGCUCGUGGAGCGCCUGCAGGAUGCCAAUACCAAACUAUAUCAUCCUGCCUUGGAAUCUUUGCGUUCGCAUAUUCGUGCGUCAACAACAUCAAUGACAAGUGUUCCAAAGCCACUGAAAUUUAUGCGGCCUCAUUAUGAUACUAUGAAGAGCAUCUAUGAAAAAAUUACUAAUGUCAAAUGUAAAGAAUUAUGUUCCGACAUUAUUUCAGUCCUGGCAAUGACCAUGGGCGAAGGUCGAGAGUGUUUGAAAUACAGGCUCACAGGUUCGGCAUUGGCGAUUGGCGAAUGGGGACAUGAAUAUGUUAGACAUUUAUCGGGAGAAUUGGCAGGGGAAUGGGAUGAAGUCACGGGUGAUAAUGUUGAGGCGACAAACAAGAAACUGAUUGCUCUGGUGCAUGAGAUUGUUCCCUAUAACAUGGUACACAACGCCGAAACGGAGGCAUGCGACCUGUUAAUGGAGAUCGAAAGGCUUGAUUUGCUAGAACAAUAUGUUGACGAAAGCGCGUAUCAACGAGUAUGUCUCUAUCUUACAAGCUGCGUGCCAUAUGUAGCUGAUCCAGAGAACAGCACUCUUCUUCAUGUCGCUUGUAAAUUAUAUCGAAAAUUCGGACAAUAUCCACAAGCAAUCAGGCUGGCGAUGCAAUUGAAUGAUUUACCUCUUAUUGAAUCAAUCUUCACAAAUUGUAGGGAUCUUUCUGUGCAAAAGCAAUUGGCUUUUAUGCUGGGUCGUCAACAGAUCUUUCUGGAGUUACAUGAGGCUACAGUAGAAGAUGACGAUUUGUUCGAAAUAAUGUCCAAUUCCCAUUUAAACAAUCAUUUCCUGAACUUGGCACGAGAGUUGGACAUAAUGGAACCCAAGACACCAGAAGAUGUCUACAAAUCCCAUCUAGAGAAUUCACGACCGCCAUUCGGCGGUGGCCAGGUUGACUCGGCGCGACAGAAUCUCGCGGCGAGUUUUGUCAAUGGUUUCGUGAACGCUGCGUUUGGUCAUGACAAACUGUUGAUUGAGGAUGGUAAUAAGUGGCUGUACAAGAAUAAGGAGCACGGCAUGCUAAGCGCAACCGCAUCCCUAGGUCUAAUCCUGCUGUGGGAUGUUGACGGCGGUCUCACUCCUAUCGACAAGUACCUGUACUCGUCGGAAGAUUAUAUCAAGUCCGGUGCUCUGCUAGCUUGUGGCAUUGUUAAUUGCGGCGUGAGAAAUGAAUGCGAUCCCGCCUUGGCUCUACUAUCCGAUUAUGUAUUGCACAGCAGCAACACCAUGCGUAUUGGUGCUAUCGUCGGUCUCGGUAUUGCAUACGCCGGAUCUAAUCGAGAAGCCGUACUGGGUCUGUUGACGCCAGUGCUCAGUGACACUAAAUCGAGUUGGGAAGUGCUGGGUAUGACUGGUCUGGCAUUAGGGAUGGUCGCCGCCGGCUCCUGUAACGCUUACGUCACCACAGCGAUCAUGCACACGCUAAUGGACAAAUCGGAGUCCGAUCUCAAAGACACUUAUGCGCGAUUCCUGGCGCUCGGUCUGGGAUUAUGUUUCCUGGGAAAGCAGGAGGCUGCAGAAGCGAUUAUAGCAGCUCUAGAAAUCGUUCACGAACCGUUCAGGUCGAUGUCGACGACGUUGGUGGAAGUAUGCGCGUAUGCUGGCACGGGGAACGUCCUCAAGAUCCAACACUUGCUGCACAUCUGUUCGGAGCACUAUGAACCGAGCAACGAGAAGGAGGAAAAGAGCGAACGUAAGGACAAGGAGAAGAAGGAAGAGAAGAAAGAGGAUAAGGAGAAGGAUCUUAGUUCUAGACAGGCUAUUGCCGUUCUUGGUAUUGCCUUGAUCGCUAUGGGAGAGGAAAUCGGUGCCGAGAUGGCAUACAGGACCUUUGGUCACCUAUUACGUUAUUGCGAGCCCGUGAUUCGCCGUUCGGUGCCGCUUGCCCUAGGUCUCAUCUCGGUGUCGAAUCCGAAACUAAACAUCUUGGAUACAUUGUCCAAGUUCUCACACGACAGCGACCCUGAAGUGGCGCACAACGCGAUAUUCGCUAUGGGCUUGGUCGGUGCCGGUACAAAUAAUGCACGAUUGGCCGCUAUGUUGAGGCAAUUGGCUCAGUUCCACGCGAAGGAUCCCAACAAUCUCUUCAUGGUACGCAUCGCGCAAGGCUUGACGCAUCUAGGUAAAGGUACGCUUACCUUGUCACCCUAUCACAGCGACAGGCAGCUGCUCAGCCCUGUUGCUCUCGCCGGACUUUUAUCGACAUUGAUUGGUUUUUUGGACGUGAAAAACAUUAUUCUCGGACGCUCACACUAUCUCUUGUAUACGCUGGCCGCUGCGAUGCAGCCCAGAAUGCUGGUGACUUUCGAUGAGGACCUAAAUCCGUUGGCCGUACCGGUGAGAGUUGGUCUUGCUGUCGAUGUCGUCGGCCAAGCGGGCAAACCGAAGACUAUCACAGGCUUCCAGACGCACACCACUCCGGUAUUGUUGGCAUACGGCGAGAGAGCAGAACUUGCCACCGAGGAAUACAUACCGUUGACGCCGAUCAUGGAGGGUUUCGUAAUUUUAAGAAAAAAUCCGGACUUUAUACCCUAGUCGUAAUAUUUUUUCAAUCUUCAAUACGCUCCGUAUUAAACUCCACUUGUAAGGCAGAAUAUAAUAAAAGUGUGUGUUAUUAUUCACUUUA